ACUAUGACACAAACUCUUUAAAGUCAUUACAUAAGGUGUUCUUAACAUGCCGUUACAAUUUCAUAUUUUAUGUUAGAUUCUAAACCUACCGUUAAAAUUGAAUGGUAUAUGCCAACCAACAUUUUUUAAUCCUUAAAUGACAUUUGGAGAAUGCAUUAUUCUGUUUAUUCAUACAAAUUGCUUCCUUGGCCUGGGUUCAUUGAAGACGGUUUUCUGUCUAGGAUUACUUGUAUUCUGUAUAUUCUGUACUUUAUGUUAGCCGGAGGCAUUACAUUUAGGGUUAGGGCAGCAUUACCCUUUCCAAGUUCAUGUGAACAUUAUGAUUGAAGUGGCCUUCAUUAUCCACUUGGGGGCGCUAGGCCUCUGUCAUCAAUCAUUAGACAUUUAUGUCCUGGGUUUUCUCUGGAGAAGGCUGUUAAAACUGUACGUCCAUUACUCCUAGUCAUUUGUAUGUUAUCUAAAUAAGUAUGUACCUGUGUAUGGAUUUCAGACCUCGAGGCUUCUCCCAGUGCAUUAUUGGAUAAUUGAUCAUAAGCGAUGAAUUCAUGGAGGUAUCUAUUUGUGACUCACCGAAGCUGCGUUUCAUAAAAAAACUCCCAAACAGCCCCUGGUUGAUGUGUGACAGAAAUAUCCAGGACGACAGUGGGUGUGAAGGUACAGAGUUAGUCUGCCUGGUACCUGUCUUGGAGAGGGACUUUCAGGACCGCUGGAGCGCAGACCUGGACCGAUGACCCGGGAAGUGAAGUCUACAGACAGAGACCUGACAUCCAUCCCGACUGAUGGGUCUCCCGUCAACAUGUGCUCUGAAUGUUACAUCAACCAGACAUUUGUCAACGAUGAUGGGACAACAAACGAUCACAAAACAAGCUCCACCCCGGUUUCUCCCCAGUGCGACCCCUUCAAAAGCGGGAUCAUCUUGGACACCUCCACCCUGGAGAGCCAGGUGCCCCCCCUAGCACCCCGCUUCCGCUUCAGGGACUUUCUUCUUGGAGACCAGGGCUUCCAGAACAACGACAGGGUCCAGGUAGAGUUCUACGUGAAUGAAAACACCUUCAAGGAGCGCCUGAAGCGGUUCUUCAUUAAGAACCAGAGAUCCAGCCUGAGGAUCCGUGUGUUAAACUUCUCCCUGAAGCUGCUCACCUGCCUGCUGUACAUCAUCCGAGUGAUGACUGACAUGCCCAUCCAGGGGCCCAGCUCUGGCCAUAGCCCAGGACAACCCGUAUCUACCAAAUGCACGGACUGCCCGCGGAACAGCUCCGCAUCGGACAUCAACUGGGAACUCAUCUUCUGGGUGGAUCGCAAGUUUCCCGUUUGGGCCAUACAGGUGAUCGUGGCCAUCAUCAGUUUCCUGGAGGCGAUGCUUCUGAUGUACCUGAGCUACAAGGGCAACAUUUGGGAGCAGAUCUUCCAUGUGUCGUUCCUCCUAGAGAUAAUCAACACGGUUCCCUUCAUCAUAACGAUUUUCUGGCCUCCGAUAAGAAACGUUUUUAUACCUGUUUUCCUCAACUGUUGGCUGGCCAAGUGCGCUCUAGAAAAUAUGAUAAAUGACGUCCACAGAGCCAUUCAGAGGACCAACUCAGCCAUGUUCAACCAGGUCCUCAUCCUCAUCUGUACCCUGCUGUGUCUGGUGUUCACUGGAACAUGUGGGAUUCAACACUUGGAGCGAGCAGGGAAGAACCUGUCUCUGUUCAACGCCUUCUACUUCUGCAUCGUCACCUUCUCUACGGUGGGCUUCGGGGACGUCACCCCCCGCAUCUGGCCCUCCCAGCUGCUGGUGGUCAUCAUGAUCUGUGUGGCGCUGGUGGUGCUGCCUCUGCAGUUUGAGGAGCUGAUCUACCUGUGGAUGGAGAGACAGAAGUCAGGCGGGAACUACAGCCGCCACCGAGCCCAGACGGAGAAGCACGUGGUGCUGUGUGUCAGCGUGCUGAAGGUGGACCUGCUCAUGGACUUCCUCAAUGAGUUCUACGCCCACCCAAGGCUGCAGGAUCACUAUGUGGUGAUCCUGUGUCCCGGUGAGAUGGACGGCCAGGUGGGCCGGGUGCUGCAGAUCCCUCUUUGGUCCCAGAGGGUCAUCUACCUGCAGGGCUCUGUUCUGAAGGACCAGGACCUCAUGAGAGCCAAGAUGGAUGAUGCUGAGGCCUGUUUUAUUCUGAGCAGUCGCAAUGACGUGGACCGCAUGGCUGCAGAUCAUCAAACGAUCCUGAGAGCGUGGGCGGUGAAGGACUUUGCCCCCAGCUGCCCUCUCUACGUUCAGAUACUCAAACCAGAAAAUAAAUUCCAUGUCAAGUUUGCAGACCACGUGGUGUGCGAAGAGGAGUUUAAAUACGCCAUGUUUGCUCUGAACUGCGUGUGUCCUGCCACCUCCACCCUGGUCACCCUGCUGGUGCAUACGUCCCGGGGCCAAGAGGGCCACCAGUCUCCAGAACCCUGGCAGAGGAUGUACGGCUGUUGCUCUGGCAACGAGGUCUACCACAUACGACUGUGCGACAGCAAGUUCUUCAGAGAGUACGAGGGGAAGAGCUUCACCUACGCCUCGUUCCACGCCCAUAAGAAGUACGGAGUGUGUCUAAUCGGCAUAAAGAGGGAGGAGAACAAAAGCAUCCUGCUGAACCCGGGGCCGCGCCACAUCAUGGCCGCCAACAACACCUGCUACUACAUCAACAUCACCAAGGAGGAGAACUCCGCCUUCAGCCUCACCCAGGAGGAGAGGAAGGGCCGAACGGCCAGGGGACUCUACGACGGACCCUCACAGCUGCCCGUGCACAGCAUCCUGGCCAGCAUGGGUACUGUUGCAAUCGACCUGCAGACCACCAGCCCCCCCGACCCGUCCACCAGUAGCCCGGCCCCCCUCACGGUGAACGGAGCCGGGGGCCGGCGGCCCAGCAUCGCAACCGUCCUGGAGAUCGCAGACUCCGCCGCCAUCCUACCAUGUGACCUCCUGUCCGACCAGUCAGAAGACGACUCCAGCUACUCUGAGGAGAAAGGCCCCCGUUUGACUGAGUAUGUGAAAGGUUACCCCCCUAAUUCUCCCUACAUCGGCAGCUCCCCGACUCUGUGCCAUCUGCUGGCUGACAAGGCCUCCUUCUGCUGCCUGCAGCUGGACCAGGGUUGCGGGCACAACGCCUUUGAAGAUGCAAAGGCGUAUGGUUUUGAAAACAAGGUCAUUAUAGUUUCGGCCGAGACGGCGGGCAACGGCCUGUAUAACUUCAUAGUGCCCCUCAGGGCGUACUACCGGCCCCGCAGGGAGCUCCACCCCAUCGUACUGCUGCUGGACAAUCCUCCAGAAAAACAUUUCCUGGAGGCCAUCUGCAGUUUCCCUAUGGUGUAUUAUAUGGCUGGGACCAUAGACAAUCUGGACAGCCUGCUGCAGUGUGGGAUCCUGUACGCUGAUAACCUGGUGGUGGUGGACAAGGAGAGCACCAUGAGCGCUGAGGAGGACUACAUGGCCGACGCCAAGACCAUCGUCAACGUGCAGACCAUGUUCAGGUUGUUCCCCAGUCUGAGCAUCAUCACAGAACUCACACACCCCUCCAACAUGAGGUUCAUGCAGUUCAGAGCCAAGGACUGCUACUCCCUGGCCCUCUCCAAGCUGGAGAAGAAGGAGCGCGACCGAGGCUCCAACCUGGCCUUCAUGUUCCGCCUGCCCUUCGCAGCGGGCCGGGUGUUCAGCAUCAGCAUGUUGGACACCUUGCUGUACCAGUCUUUUGUGAAGGACUACAUGAUCCUCAUUGCCAGGCUGCUUCUCGGUCUGGACACCACUCCGGGAUCAGGGUAUCUUUGUGCUAUGAAGAUCUCUGAGGAGGAUCUGUGGAUCAGGACGUAUGGGAGACUUUUCCAGAAGCUCUGCUCCUCCAGCGCUGAGAUCCCGAUUGGGAUUUACAGGACGGAAUACCACAUGUUCUCUCCCCCGGAGUCCCAUACGUCAGCGAAGCUGAACCCCCAGGGGGAGGAGCCCAUGGAGAAGGGUGGGGAGGAGUGCCGUGGUGCCGACCGCCCGGAACCCCUGCGGAGGAAGAAGAGCAUGCAGUGGGCCCGUCGGCUGAGCAAGAGGAGCCCGCGCUGGCCCUCGGGGCCCCCGGGGGCCCGGCUGGCCCCAGACUGCGGCCACCGCAUGGCCCAACAGCGGUUCACCUUCUACCGCCGCUCUGAACGCGAGGAGCUUUCCCAGCUGGUCCGCAACCGCAUGAAGCACCUGGGCCUGCCCACCUCGGAGUAUGAUGACGUGGCUCAUUUGACAGGCAGUGAUGUCAUGAACAGAGUCAACUUGGGCCACUUACAAGGCGAGCUGCGUGACCAGCAGAACACUCUGUCCUAUGUUCUGAUAAACCCCGCCCCCGACACCCGGCUGGAGAUCAAUGACAUUGUGUACCUGAUCCGGCCUGACCCCCUGGCCCAUGUUCCUGAUGAACCCUCCGUCAAGAGCAGCAGUCUCAAGGAGACAUAUGAGUCCAGCAUAGACGCUGCAGAAGACCUUCAGCUCUGAGGCCUUCAGCCCUGAGACCUUCAGCUCUGAGGCCUUCAGCCCUGAGACCUUCAGCUCUGAGGCCUUCAGCUCUGAGGCCUUCAGCCCUGAGGCCUUCAGCUCUGAGGCCUUCAGCCCUGAGGCCUUCAGCUCUGAGGCCAUCAGCUCUGAGACCUUCAGCUCUGAGGCCUUCAGCUCUGAGGCCUUCAGCCCUGAGACCUUCAGCUCUGAGACCUUCAGUUCUGAGACCUUCAGCUCUGAGGCCUUCAGCCCUGAGGCCUUCAGCUCUGAGGCCAUCAGCUCUGAUACUGUUUAACGUGUCUCUGCUGUCCAUCUCUGAUGGACAGCAUUGUCUGUUUGGUUUUCAGUGUUUCAAGCGUUGACCUGGAGGUAAACCGUGAUCUUUGUGGAGAGUUACUGAAGAUGUCUGAUGGUUCAAAUUAUAUGACAAAAAUUACCUCAAUAUCUGCAGUCUACCUGUAGGCAUCCCUCAUAAAGUAUUUGAACCCCUACCUGCUCAUUAAUGACAUGAAUCUGGAUUCACUUCAUGUCUCUUUGGAUAAAAGUGUCUGCUAAGUAACUAAAUAUGAAAAAGUUAGCAGCAUUGAUUGCUCAGGUCCAUAAUCUAUAUCCUAUUUUAUAUUUUACUGAGAUGGAAAACAUGUCUGAUUGAUAAGCAAAUAAAAAACAAAGAAUAAUCAGUAUCACAGAAGAACAGGAUAGUUGAUAUGCCUCCAGCCCCAACCCAGAAUUUACGUAUGACCAUGACCAUGAAGUUAGAUCUCCUAUCAACAAUUUAUGUUGAGAAGAGCUGAAACUCUUUUUAGAAAGAAUAAGGCAGGUAGACUCCUUGCUCACUAAGCUCUGCCAGGCUGUACCAGGUAUACAUUCUCCCCAGGAUAAGAUCACGCAUGGAUAUGAACAUGUUUUAAAGGUCUGAGGUCUCCCCAGAUUUUUUGGUUGGGAUAUCGAGAGAAACAAGAAGCUAUCAAAUGACAUAAAUGCGGUAAAUCACCUGGCCCCAAUGGCUGUAUAGUUUAAUUUUACAAACUAUUCUCUGCUUCUUUCUCUGCAAUUCUUAGAUAUGUUGAAGGAAAGGAACCCUUCUGGAUCAGAAGCCCACGUUUCGCUUUUAUUAAAACGAGAUAAGGAUCCUCUUUCAUGUUGCAGUUAAAGGCUCAUCUCACAUUCAUCUCAUCUCACACUCAAAAUGUAGGCUUCAAAACCCUUUCGCAGGUUCUAUCCCAGUGCCACUCAGUUCUGUCCAUCUUCACAGCCCUGACCAGACCAGAUUUAUGCUUAUGAGGCCCUAAUUUCCCAAUCCCCAAAGACUUCUUAAUACUUCUAAUUCUCCAGCCAUCCCAAGGUUGUUCAGACACUACAUACCGACAAAGCCUUUGACUGAGACGUAUGGCGAAACCUGUUUUGUUUUGGAGAAUGUGGUUUUAGUUCUGGCUUCAUCUCUUGGAUAAUGCAGAAUCCAGGAUUCUAGAGGAUCCUGUUGCUUCUGUUACCACUGAAGGGGAAGUGAUGGUUACCCGGCCACAAUUAGCCGUCACACCUCCUUUUGUGAAAGCCAUUGAGACACUUGCCAUAUGGCCUUGUGGGAAGGAGAAAUUCUAGGUAAUUUCAAGGGUUUGGACAAUCCAUAAGAUGUACUUUAAUGCUGAUGACCUACCUGUAUCCAUCUUGUGAAGAUGAUAAUCCGUCCCAAAUCCCUUUGUAUAUUUCAGCACAUCCCAAUGCUUAUUAAGAAUGCCCUCUUUGCUAAAUUUGACUCAACAUCAAGUAUGUUAUUUUGGUGUAACAAACGCCCUUGUAUCGAACACAUGGGGCUGACUGGCCUUGCUGAAUUGUAUUGUCUGUUACUGGGCCUGUAAUGUUGGGAAGCUCCUUCAGAUGCAUCAUGGAGAAUAGCAGGGGGUGCGUUGUGACCUGGGGGGUGGAGGGAAGGGACAGGAGGGAACUCCUUCUCAAACAUGCAGUAGAUCUCAUUGAGCUCAUUGGCGAGGGGAGGCUGUCGGGCAUCUGUGGGUACUUAAGUCUGUAAUUGGUGAUCUUUUUGAGGCCUUUCCACACGGAGGAGGGAUUCUCUUCCGAUAGCUGCUGCUGCAGUCAGCGAUGUUUCGCCUCCUUCACCGCUUUGGUGAACCUGUACUUGGCCUGCCUGAACAGGCCACCGUCCCCGCCGCGCCUUGCUGCCUCCUUCUCCCACCUCAGCCGCUUCGUUGGGGGGAGAACCAGGGCUUGUCAUUGUUGUAAGACUUCCUGGAGUGGAGGGGGACACACACCUCCUCGUAGAAGCCGAUGAACGAUGACAGAGUAUCUGUGUAUUAGUCAAAGUGUUUUCCCGCCUCGGGCCCUUCUCCCAGGCUUUGCUGGACCACACUCUGAACCGACUCACUACAGGUUUAGAGAGUUUCAAUCUCUGCCUGUUGCGGGGGAUCAGGUGAAUGAGAUCGUGGUCACUGUUGCCCAGCGCAGCUACGUAAGCAUCGUGAAAUCAUUGCAGCCCGACACAGAGUAGCCUGCUAAAAAAUCCAAUGAAAAAGAAGAACGCAACACAUUAAACAAAGAGCAAAAUGUCCAAGAAGGACGGCAAACUUUUGCGCAACAUUUUCUUAAAUAAACUAAGCUCUCGUUGUUGUCCAGAAAUAACCUGCGGGUACUAUAUUUGUAUAUUAUUGUAUAUCCCCCUGUCUUCUGUCGACAAAUCAAUGGACGGCGUGUGUAGCUCCAACUUAUCGGCAUCUUUUCAGACAGCUUGGUACCCCAACGGAGGAGUACCGAAAAAUAGGUACGGUUAGGUGCGGCUCAGUGCGCUUUUUACUGGACCCCGCACACUUUUGGCGGUGGAAACGUGAACCGUACCGCACCUAACCGUACCGCACCGCUCGGUGGAAACGCACCACUAUAAAAUAUCCUGGCCUCAGACCUGUGACCAUGCUCUCUGAACUCUUCUAAAUUAAAACAUUAUUCCUUCUCAAUAAUAUGCCCUCUUUAUUGUACCUGUGUUAAAUAAUCAUGUAUUUUGUCAAUCCUGCUCUGAGGCAGCCUUUCGCACGUCAUAACAAAGGCAUAGUUUCCAUCAACACACUUUAAAGUGAAGGGAUCUUCCCAGAUUUUGCAGAACUCUGUGGUUUUACUUCUUCCAGACUAGACAUUUCAUUCAAAGGCAGUACCCUCACUUUCCUAUUCACCCCCUGAAAUCCUCUCAAUCCUUUCACACUUCCUUCUCUCUCAGCCCUGAUCAAAAGAAAAUUGUGUUGUCCAUCAAUCUGUUAGCUCCAUGGACAUGGUCCCAUUCCAUGCUAAAGAUGCCUGUGAUGCCUGUGAGGGGUUAUUGGGGAUAACUGUCUCGGAAGAUCAGUGGGACCACAUCUUACAGAUGGUUAACUCCUCUAUUUGUGCAAUGCGAGGUAUUGUUCAAACACCAUUAAACAAAUGCCAAACUAACGAAAAUGUAUCCCAAUGUUUGUGAUGCCUGUAACAGACCCAGGUGGUCACCUCUCAAUCAUGUUCUGAUACACACAUGUUCUGGUGCUGUCCAAGGUUAUCCAAAUGUUGGAGCUCACACAGAGCUCCACCCAGAGCACCAU